UGUAUCAAUUGAAUUAUGUGUCAGAACUUCAAUAAGGGAAUUAACAUGGUUCAAUAACUGCUUAGUAUCUUGUGUAAACAGUUAUUGCAUCUCUUCUUAGUAACUUAUUGCUAACUGCCCUGACCAAUGACAUCCAGCCAACAGUGGAGACACCCUCCUUUUUAUAUAAAAGAAAGUGGGAUCUCAUCUUCCUCUGUAGGAUUUUUAGUGGAACACAUAAAAAUAGAUAAACUCCAACAAGACAUCUGCAUCUUGUCAUAACGGCCUACUAAAGACUCCAUCAUGUUGUUGUUCCUCUUCAUCUUUGGUCUGGCUCUUGGGGCAGUGACUCCAUCAGAUGAGCUGGAAAUGAAGCUGCUGCGUGGCAGUUGUCCCAUGUUCUGGUACAACUUCAAUGGCCGCUGCUACAAGUAUGUUGCCUCACACAUGACCUGGGCUGACGCUGAGCUCCACUGUGUGUCAGAAGGAGCCAACCUGGUGUCCAUUCACAGUCAGGAAGAACACGAUUUUGUCAAUUCUCUGAUCAAGAGCUCUGACCCAACAAGGAAAUUCACCUGGAUCGGACUCACUGAUGUUCAUAAGGAAGGAGGAUGGAUCUGGUCUGAUGGGUCUAAAGUCAGUUUCACCAUUUGGAGUCCAGGACAACCAGAUCAUACUUAUGGACUAGAACACUGUGUACACACCAACUGGUUGAACAACUUCAUGUGGAAUGAAGUUAUGUGCUCAAAUGCAUUUGCUUUUGUUUGUGCAUCACGCACAGUUUGUCCUUAGAGACCAAAAAAUUUCCACCUACAGACUUUACUGA